GGGACAGAGAGGGGACAGAGAGGGGACAGAGGGACCCGCGGGAUGGACACUCGGACACUCGGACCUUCGGCCAUGGCCGGAGCUGUCCUGGGGCUGCUGCUGCUGCUGCCCCCGGCCCGCGGCGCCCCCUCGGAGCCGCCCCCUCCCUCGGAGCCCCCCCCGCGCUGCGACCCCUCCCUGGCGCCCAUUUCGGGGGGUCGCGGGGAGCUGCGGGCGGGGGGGGGAGGUGCUGCUGUACCGCUGCCCCCCCGGCACCGCCCCCGCGCCCACCGCGCUGCGCCGCUGCGGCCCCGCCGGGGCCUGGGAGCCGCUGCCCGGGGGCGCGGCGGGACCCCCGCGCUGCCAAGCCGUGUGGUGCCCGGGCCCGCUGGAGUUCGAGCACGGCUGGUUCUUCCCGCGGGGGGCGCGGCACCCGCCGGGCUCGGUGCUGCGCUUCGGCUGCGCGGGGGGAUUCGUCCUGCGUGGGCCCCCCGAGCGGCGCUGCGGGGCCGGGGGGCGCUGGGAGGGGCCCGACCCCGUCUGCGACGAUGGAGCCGGUGACUGCCCGGCCCCGGCCGUGCCGCCGGGGGCGUCCAUGGAGGGGUCGCGGUCCCGGUUCGCCGUGGAGGGGCUGGUCCGGUUCCGGUGCCGCCCGGGGCUGCAGCUCGUGGGCUCGGCCGAGCGCCGCUGCCUCGAGGGCGGGUUCUGGAGCGGUACCGAGCCCCGGUGCCGAGACCCCAAUUCCUUCGACACCCCCGAGGACGCGGCCGAGGCGUUCAUGGCGUCCCUGACCCAGACCGUGGAGGCGGCCGAGGCCAACAGCACCCACGACCCCACGGCCAAGCGGCGGAUCCGGCUGGAGGCGGGGGGCGCCCUGAACGUGUUCCUGGUGUUGGACGCGUCGCGCAGCGUCAACGCGCGGGACUACGAGAACGCGCGCGCCGCGCUGGGCGAGCUGGUGGAGAAGCUCGCCAGCCUCGGGGCCGCCCCGCGCUAUGGGGUGGUGACGUUCGGCUCCGAGCCCCGCGUGGAGCUGAGCCCCACCGAGCCCAACGCCACCCACGGGGGGUGGGUGCGGCAGCGGCUGCGGGAGCUGCGCCUCGACGCCCACUCCCAGGCCCCGGGUACCAACCUGGCCGGGGCGCUGCGGGCCGUGUACGCGCUGCUGGUGCAGCAGGAACGCGCCGAGCGGCUGCGGGGGCUGCGCCCGGCCCCGGUCACCAACAGCACCCGGCACGUCCUCGUCAUCAUGACCGACGGCCGUGCCAACAUGGGGGGGUCCCCGGUGCCCGUCCUGCACCAGAUCCGGGAGCUGCUGAGCAUCGGGAGAGACCCCCGGGACCCCCGCGAGGAGUUCCUGGACGUUUACGCCUUCGGGCUGGGGGAGGAGGCGCACGCCGAGACUCUGAACGCGCUGGCGUCGCACAAGGCGGGGGAGCAGCACGUCUUCUUCCUCCGGGACACCGAGGACCUGCAGGAGGUGUUCCACCGCAUGAUCGACGAGAGUUCGACGCUGGGGCUGUGCGGGGUCAGCCUCGAGUUCGGCCGCGCCGACGACCGCGAGAGGAACCCCUGGGAGGUGACGGUGACCGUGACGCGGCCCGGGCGGGGCCAGGAGCGCUGCCAGGGCUCGUUGGUGUCGCCGUACUUCGUGCUGAGCGCCGCCCACUGCUUCAGCGGGCACGACCUGCCCACCUGGCUCAGCGUGGACAUCGGGCCCCGCGAGCGGCGGGGGGUGCGGGGGCUGUUCCUGCACCCCGAGUUCAGCCCCGGGGGGCGCCGUUCUCGGGGGGUCCCCGAGUUCUACGACUUCGACGCGGCGCUGCUGCAGCUGGACCGGCCCGUGCGCCCCUCCCCCACCCACCGCCCCAUCUGCAUCCCCUGCACCGAGGGGGCGGCGCGGGCGCUGCGGCUGCCGGAGGGGAGUUCCUGCCAGGAGCACCGCCGGCUGCUGCUGCCCCCCAAGAACGUGGAGGCGUUUUUCGUGUCCCCGCGCGGCAGCGCCGGCCUGCAGAGACAGCAGAUCCUGCUGAAACUGGGGGAGCAGCGGGCCCCGUGCGAGGCCGACGCUCUCCGUGCCGCCCCCUACGCCAACGUCACCUCCCUGGAGGACAUCGUCACCCCCCGGUUCCUGUGCUCGGGGGGGCACGAGCCCCGCGUCGACCCCGUCGCCUGCCCGGGUGACUCCGGUGGCCCCGUUGUCGUCACCUGGGGACAGCGACACUUCCAGGUGGGCGUGGUCUCCUGGGGCGUGGUCCCCGCCUGCCGCCAGCGCCGCAGCCCCGCCCACGCCCGCGACUUCCACCUGAGCGUCUUCGAGGUGCUGCCCUGGCUGAGGGAGCGGCUGCGCGAUGAGGAGCUGGGCUUCCUGCCCUGAGGGUGACAAUGAAGGUGUCCCCGUGUCCCCGCCAGGUGACAAUAAAGGUGUCCCCAU